AUGCUGCCUCGAGCUCUGGCAGAUAACGUCUGCAGUUUACACCCUGGAGGACCUAAGCUAACAUUCACAGUAAUUGCUCGCGUCUUUGAGGACGGAAGUAUCAAUAAAAAAUUUAGACCUCUUUUCUUUAAAUCUGUGAUUGAAUCAACCUGCCGCUUUUCUUACGAGGAGGUACAAGAAAUAAUAGAUGGUAGGGAUAUACCUGAGGAGGAGAGGCCAAGCUAUACAAGAGAGAUAACAGGAACAGCAACUUAUGGCAACGGGCUGCUGCGCUGCAGCUGCUGCACCGGUAAGUGCAGCCGCAGCAUGAAGCAGCAGCAGCAGCAGCAGCAGCAACAGCAACAGCAGCACAACCAACAUCACCAGCAGAUGCAUGCAGAGUGGCAAGUCCAUGAUGAAUCAGAUCCAUGGGGAGAUAAACUAGAAGACGCAGCAGCAGCAGCAGCAGCAGCAGCAGCAGAGGAGUCUCUGGAUCAAGCAAGCACACAGGAUGAUAAUAACCAUAAUAAUAAUAAUAAUAAUACUAAUAAUCAGCAGCAGCAGCAGAAUGCAGCAGCAAGACAGAAAAAGGGUAGCAGCAGCAACAGCAACAGCAGCAGCAGCAGCAGCAGCUGCUGCUGCUGCUGCUGCGAGUUAUUAGAGAAUAAAGACCCUAAUACCCCUUUGCCUCUCUUAUAUGCAAACACUAAUUGGCAAGAAAUUGUUGAUGAUCUAAGACUAUUAGAUAAAAUCACCAAUAAUAUGAGACAAAAAAGAUUCAAGGAGACGACUCCUUUUACUAUUCACAGCGCUGCUUUGAGGUUUUGCUUUGAUGAGUUGCAAAGACCAACAGGAUGGGAGACAGAAACGCAUACUCGGUCUCAUGAGUUGAUAGAAGAAUUGAUGCUUCUUGCCAAUCGUCUUGUUGCUACUCAUAUACGCUUCAGCAGAUUCCAAGAUUCUGCGGUGAUGCGCUACCAUCCUCCAUUUAAGAGAGAGCCACGAUUUAAUAUUUUCCUUAAUAGCCUAAAACGUUAUCCUGACCUCCUUGUACACCGCACAUUAGCAGCACUAAUAGAUAACGAGAAACAUCCUCCUUUUACUCCUGAAGAAGCGGAGGCGAUAUGUAAUGCAUGCAACGAUGUUGGCAAGAGCAUGAGGGAGGCAGACAAGGCCUGUAGCUUGGCAGUAUUAAAUAUAUAUCUAAGGAAUAGACAUGAGACCCCUAAGACUAUCGGUAUUGUUCUUAAAGUUGAGAAAACAACUCUUGCGGUGUUCCUCCCCGAAAUCGAUACAGAAGUUGUACGUCUUAUUAGGGUUUAG